AUGGGCUUGCUUGCGCUGGGAACCGCACUGGAGUGGCCCGAGGCCAAGAAGCGCGCCGAUCAAGUCCGCGAAUGGGGCAUCAAGCAACUGCUGGAAAUCUGGAACAAAGCCAAGGGCAAGGAACGCGAUGCUCUGCUCUGGGGUGAUGAAGUUGAAUACCUAGUUGUCAACUAUACAAAGGACAAUGAAAAGGUGUAUUUGUCUCUGCGACAGGCCGAAAUCCUCAAAGCCCUAGCCGCAGACAAGGAUCUUGCCAAAGAGGGCGGCUGCGUGCCAGCGCUUCAGGACACGGACGGCAAAAAAUCCAAUACUCUUCCCGUAUUCCACCCAGAGUUUGGCCGCUUCAUGCUCGAGGCCACCCCCGGAAAGCCCUGGGGCAUUGGUUUCAAAGAGCUUCUCGGCGUUGAGCCGGACAUGAAGCUGCGUCGGAAAAUUGCGAAGGAGCACAUGCUAACCUCCGAAUACCCCAUCACUCUCACCACAUACCCCCGCAUUGGCGCUCCAGGACAGUUUACCGACCCUUACUACCCUCCCUCUGGCGACAAGCUGCGAUCCCAGUUUGUCCCUGACGAAAUCGCCAACCCUCAUAUCCGCUUCCCCACGUUGGCUGCCAACAUACGCUCUCGGCGAGGCCGCAAAGUCCAAGUCAACGUUCCCAUCUUUCACGACCAGAACACGCCCAAUCCAUGGAAAGAUCCCACGGUCAACUAUGAUCUGCACAAGUUUCCUGAAGACGAUGACGUGCGCAACGGCGCCGCUCCGGACAACUUCAUCCACAUGGAUGCCAUGGCCUUUGGCAUGGGUAGCUGCUGUCUGCAAAUUACAUUCCAGGCCAAGAAUAUCAACGAGGGCCGUACUCUCUACGAUCAACUAAGCCCACUGGGUCCCAUCAUGCUUGCGCUGACGGCAGCUACUCCUAUUUACAAGGGUUUCCUCGCCGGUACCGACGUGAGGUGGAACCAGAUCAGCAGAGCUGUCGAUUGUAGAACGCCCGAGGAACUAGGAGAAAAGCCACUCAAGAAUGACCGCUGGAGGAUCCCCAAGUCCCGAUACGCUUCAAACUCUACUUAUAUCUCCUUGGAUCACAGACUACGGGAAGAGUACAUGGACCCAGACCUCGUGGUUGACCCUAAGAUUAAGGCGGAGCUCAUCAACGGUGGUAUGGAUGACCGACUGGCCACGCACUUUGCUCACCUGUUCAUCCGCGACCCCAUUGUCAUCUUCGAAGAGGAUUUGCAGGAGCUUGACCUCAGCAAGACGGACCACUUCGAGAACAUACAAUCGACCAACUGGCAACACAUGCGGUUCAAGCCGCCGCCCGCGGAAAACAACAUUGGCUGGCGCGUCGAGUUCCGAUCCAUGGAGAUUCAGGUCACCGACUUUGAAAACGCCGCCUUUUCCGUCUUCAUGGUGCUUCUCACCCGUGCCAUCCUCUCCUUUGACCUCAACUUUUACAUUCCCAUCAAAAAGGUUGACGAGAACAUGGAGCGCGCGCACAACCUCGACGCCGUCCUCCACGACAAGUUUUACUUCCGCAAAAACGUCUUUCCCAGCCGGCCCUCGCGCGCCAACACUGUAUUCGGCGACGACGCCGCCCCCAACGGCACGAACGGCGGCAGCAGCCGUCCGGGCUCGCGCUACCCCAGCCGACCCGGCUCACCCGGCGGCGGCGGGCCCGUAGAGCUGGAGUACGCCGAGAUGAGCAUCGACGAGAUCGUCAACGGCUCCGCGGACGGCGCGUUCCCCGGGCUGGUGCCCAUCGUCGAGAGCUACCUCGACAGCGUCAACGUCGACGUGGAGACGCGCUGCGAGCUGGCGACGUACCUGAGCCUGGUCAGCAAGCGCGCGAGCGGCGAGCUCGACACGGCCGCGCGUUGGAUCCGCAACUUUGUGGCCGCGCACCCGGCGUACCGGCACGACAGCGUCGUCGGCGACGACAUCAACCACGACCUCAUCGGCGCCGUCAUCGAGCUGUGCGAGCGCGAGGCGGCGGGGCGCAACUUCGCGGGGCUCGGCAUCCCGGGCCUGUCGAGGCUCCUGGGCAAGUUCCGCGGGGGGUGCGGCUCAGAGGCGGACGCCGAGGCGGAGGGGAACGGCGUCGUGAAUGGCGACGCACCGGUGGUGGUGGGAGGCGAGGAGGCGGUGAUUCCGUCGACAGAGAUGGAGUCGCCGGCAAAGAAGCGCAAAAUUGACCGGAUUGAAGGGGCGGAGGAGCAGCAGUAA